UGGGAAGGGAGAGGCAGCAGGAGGGGGGGGCGAAGUGAGUGACUACAACACCCCGGCACGGUACAAGGCGGGGACUCAGUGGUUGGCCGCCCGUCUUACUGCUAUACCGCGCGGCGCCGCCCUCCACAGUCUGACCUGCCUCCCGCCACGCUCCAUAACACCAGGUUCUUUGGGCACCGCACCGCCGCCACAGGGAGUCGACGAGCGUUACUUGUUGCCGUCUCGCACUGACAGCUGUGUGAGGCUGGCCGACACUGGAAUGGACGAUCAAGUCAGUGACACACGUAUCGUUUGAGGUGAAUCAUUAGACAUAAUGUGCUGUGCUUUCCGCUUGCGCUCUGGACUACGGUAAUAAUAGACACAAUGGCGAAGAAAGACGAGAAAGAGGAGGUAGGUGACUGUGUCGUUACGUCAGUGGAUAACAACAACAAUAACGAGUGUUCCGAUGAUGCCUCAGCUGUCCCCAGCGUGAAGUAUCAGCUGAGGCCUCGCUCCCUCAAAGCUCGUCACCGAUGUGACCACGACUGGAGUUUGCCGGAGCCGACGGGGCCCAAGACUCGGCCGCCGCCGCUGUCUCGCUACCGCAGGAAGACGGCCAACGCCCGAGAGCGGUGCCGCAUGCGUCAGAUCAACACUGCCUUUGAGAGCCUUCGGGGCGUGCUGCCUUCGUGGGUGUGUCGCCGCCGCGCCGCCGCUGACAUGACCAAAAUCACUACGCUUCGUCUUGCCUCCGCCUAUAUCAGGUCUCUACAGGACAUGUUGGACGGCAACGCGCCGCAGGACACAUGCGCCUGGGUGUUAUCAGGAAUCCUAAACGAGGACAAGAAUAUCAAGGAGCCUCAGGCAACCCUGUGUCACCCCAGCAGCGUGCCUAGCAAAAUCCAGCAGCAGGAACAUCAGCAGCCGCAGCAGCAGCCACCCGUCUACACACAGGACCCAGACCUGGUAACCCUACUAUGCGGCGCCGCAGACUCGGGCCUCUUCCAGGACAACCUUGAAGCCCUCCCGUACCUCACACCGCCCAGUGACACAGAUACGGUGACGCUGCUACUGCUGGGUGCUGACCCGCCGCAGUGCUGGGGGGAGGCGCAGCACACGCCCCCCGUGUCGUGAUGCUGGGGUGGCGUGGGGGCCAGUGAGCAGAACCAUACCCGUAUCAGGCUCACCUCCCGCCGGUGACACCCACGCGAACCGUCUGUCUGUGGUGACCGCCGCUGGUCUGUGAACGUUGCCAUGACACAAUGAAAUACUUAGAAGACGUCAGACUAUAACAGAAACAUUUAAUUGCUACUGGUAAUGGGGGUAUAUAUAUAUAUAUAUAUAUAUAUAUAUAUAUAUAUAUAUAUAUAUAUAUAUAUAUAUAUAUAUAUAUAUAUAUAUAUAUAUAUAUAUAUAUAUAUAUAUAUAGUUUUGCAGUGAUUUAGAUGUCAUUAUCGUAACAACUCAAUACCCAACUUACGUGAGUUUACUCAGAGAUAAAAGUGAGUCAUUAUCGUUAUAAGCUGUUGUUGCACACCAGUAAAUGUGGUGGAAAGACAGGGACGCUGUGUUAUGAGUAUUAUAACAUGUUAUAUGUUCACUUAUCACGUGCCAACUAUAAUUACAUCCUUGGUCAUCCAAUUUUUUCCUAAUUAUCAGGAUGAUAUGUAAAUGAUGUGUUUAUUCCUAAUUCAAACCGUCGAUGACGUUUAUAGUAAAAUAUAAGGUUGAAUGGACUUCUAUGUAAAGAUUCAGGUAUCAACUUUUCUGUCUUUACAUAUGUUGAGCACACAUACUGUUACAAACACGAGGACUUAAAAACACACCACUAAAUGAACGGGGCUGGUGACUGCCUACAGUAAGAGCCACGUAUCCAUCACUUUAGUCACCACGAGACAAGACGGAUGUGUAAGGAGGAAAGUGUGCCAGAUUACUCCACUGCUUCUGAGCCGUGCCGUGUUACACUUCCUUUCCACUAUGUAUACAUAAGUUUAAUUAUCUAGUCAAGAAGCUGUGCUUACAGGGGUGGCCGUGAUAUGUUUGCUCUUGGGUAGGGAGGGAAUAGUAAAUGAGUACACUCAUGCAUGCUGUUUACGAAUAGUAGAGUGCGGAGACUUGAACACAUUUAGGAUGAUGUAAUGUUAAGUGAACUAAGCCAAAUCACUCAAUAUUCUUACUACCGUUGUCAUUUAAAGGGGGAAAUAGUAGAAUACACUUAAUGCCAUCAUCCAUUAAGAACACUUGUUAAUGAGGUAUUGCAUCAGUAUUAACUGCUAUCGUGUAUCAUACCAUCAAGAGCUUAAGAGUGUGUAUAAAAUGAUAGCAUCGGGUUUGUAUAAGUGUGUUUGGUGUCAUCUGAGGACUGAUAAGAGUAUUCAGCAAUGAUGAAAAAUUAUUAUCGAUUGUAUUCAUAAACUCCUGAAACUUUAGGUAUGUGUUCAGAAAGGAACUGAGGACCAUAAAGCGUACUGAGCAAAGUGUAAACAUCUAUCGCAGCUGUGAAGGGUAUACAUGUGUGCUUGUGUGUCUGCGUGCGUGAAUGUGUGUGUAUGUCGUAUGUCUGUGGACGUGUGUGUGUGUGUGUGUGUGUGUGUGUGUGUGUGUGUGUGUGUGUGUGUGUGUGUGUGUCCAGGUAGUUAUAUUUAGGUUAAAAGGGAGAUUAUAUUAUUACUAUUGUGUUAUUAUUAUUAUUAAAAUAAAGAUUAUUUAUGUUGUUACUGAUGAAAAACUCUGUAAAAAAUAUAUAUGGUUUUCUUUU